GCUGGUGCCCAGAAGGAGACAGCUCCGUCCGGCGGCAUUCACUCCCUGGAAGGAGGGAAGGAAGGAAAACCAGCCCUUGCUGCUGCCCUGCUCUGCCGCUGGCUCUGCGGGUGAUGGAGUUGGCUACUCUCCUCCUCCUCGUCGGCUUGCUGUGGGGCUGCAGCGGGCGACCAGCCAACAAGCUGGUGGUGGUGCCACGGGAGCCGGUGGUGCCGUACGGGGGCUCGGUACAGCUGAACUGCUCACUGGCCUGCCCGGGGGGCACGGUGCAGUGGAAAGGGCUGGACACCAACCUGGGGAGCAUCACCUCCUUUGCCACCCACAGUAUCCUGCAUAUCAGCAGCGCCGUGGUGGCCAUGGGGGGCACCAAGUUCUGCCAGGGCACUUGCCAAGGGCAGAGCUACCAGCGUGUUGUCAACCUGGAGGUCUAUGCCCUCCCGGACAGGCUGCAGCUGGAUGUGGAACCCCAUGCUCUGGUGCCAGGGCAGCCAGCCCGCCUGCGCUGCUCGGCUCAGCGCGUGUACCCACCCACGGGGCUGCUGCUCACCUGGUAUCGGGGGAACCAAGCACUGGAGGAGGCAGAUUUUGAUGCCACAGAGACCGAUGAGGAGCUAUUUGACAUCGUGUCCAUGCUGCUGGUGGCUGGGAAGGAGGUAGAAGAAGGGGUGGAGUUCAGGUGCGAGUUGACGCUGAAUAUCAGGCAGGAGACCUUCACCAGGGUGGCAUCUGUGACUGUGAGCGCUGCAGCUGUGACCGAGCAGUCGGUGGCCAUGGCCACCUCCACGUGGAGCCCCCGGCCAGCGGCAGCUACGACAGGGAGCCCCAGCACGGCCAGGCCCAUGAGCACCACAGCGUUGCCCUCAGAGCCAAGUGGUCCCACCACAUCCCUGACCACCACGCCGUGGGAGCCAGAUGCUGAGACCACGCUGGAGCCGGCUGCUGCCACCAAACCCCCCUCCACAGAGCACCCUACACCCCACGACCUCACCUUGAGCAGUUCCAUGGCACCUUUGGCCACCUCUGCACUCUCCAGCUCUGGCACUAUGACCCCCCAAGCUGAGGGGACAACUGUGGAUGGCAUCAGGUGGGGCUCUGCCCCUGUGGACCGGGAUACAGGGUUGUCCAUAGGGACAUUGCCCGCCUGCAGCCUGCAGAUCUGGUCGCUGCCUCCCAACGUGACGCGGGGCAGAGCCCUGCGCAUCAAAUGCUACGCACAGUGCACCGGGAAUGCCACCAUCCACUGGCGUCGAACCCCUGUGGCCCUUUCCCAGUACCAGGAGGAGGUGUCGGGCAGCAGCUCCACGCUGCGGCUGGACCGUGCUGAGCCCCACCACCAGGGCCACUACGAGUGUGUCCUACUUGGCCAUCGCUCCCAGGUGGUCAGCUUGCAACUGACGGUCUUGGAUGAGACAUCCAGCACUGUCCCAGCCAUCGCUACAGGGACCACAGUCCCACUGCUGGGACUGAUCGUCAGCGGCAUCGUGUCUCGUCGCCUGUGGAAACGAUUCCGAUCUCGGUACGAGCUGUCCUAGGAGUGGGAGCUGCCUACGGAUGCCUUUGGAGCAGUCUCUGAUGUCUUCUUUUUGCUGCUGGCCUCUCCCAGACUUGGGAACGACAAGCAGUUGAGGGAACAUGGCAGUGGGGGAGACUGCCACCACCCCAGGACAAGCACUCCAAGACCCCAAGAGUCCCUUUUGAACACUUCAUUGGUGCCUGAGGCUGCUGAGGGGCUGUGAGGGGGAGGCUGUGUUGUCCUCAGGGCUUCCAAGGACUGGGAAUCGCUCAGCUCCCAGGCGCACACCCUGCUGCUUAGAGGAGCUCACGUGUGAGUCCUGUAGGAGCGGAGACAUGGUCACAGGAGACAGAAGGAAUGUCAGAAGUGGCAGAGGGACAGGGACAAUCCCAGGGCUGGAUCAUGCUGGGGGUUCCAGCCCUCGGAGGCUCCCGGCACCCGCAUGGAUGGGCAGGAAGGCAACAGCAUGGCCAGAAGCAGCCCUGAGUGGGGGGUUCAUGGCGCGGUCAGUGGAGAGAAGGGCUCUGGUGUGUGGCCCACGGACGAGGGGCAAUGGGUGUAAACUGGAGAGGGGCAGAUUUAGACUGGACAUAAGGAAGAAUUUCUUCACCAUGAGGGUGGGGAGGCCCUGGCCCAGGCUGCCCAGAGCAGUGGUGGCUGCCCCAUCCCUGGAGGGGUUCCAGGCCAGGUUGGAUGGGCCUUGGAGGCCCUGAUCCAGUGGGAGGUGUCCCUGCCCAUGGCAGGAGUGAAACUGGAUGAUCUUUAAAGUCCUUCCCAACCCAAACUAUUC